GUUAAUGUUUCUGAUGAUGAAGAGACGAAUGAUGAAGAAGAUGUUAUCGGAGAUUUCCAUAGUGAUCGUAAGGUUAUAGGGGCCGAGAAGACAAACAAUCGAGAAUCGUCACGUGCUGAAAUGAUUAAAAAACUGCCAAAUUCAGUUAAUCCAACAAAAUUUAAUGUUAAACCCGGAACCAGUAAGAGUGGUAACAUAGACGUACCAGAGAAUGGCCAAGAAAAAAUUAAAGUAACGUCGGAUAAACAUGUUCAAUUAGACGAUCAUCUAGCACAAUUACAUCAGCAACGAAAAUUGGAAGAAAAGAGAUUAAAAGAAGAAGAACAGGCAAUAUUAGAACGUCGAGAAUUAGAACGACAGCGUCACCGUACGCGUGUACAACAACAACGUCGCUUACUGGAGACUCAAAAACAACAACGACGCAACCGAAAUGAUAAUGAUAUUUAUCUACAAAAUGAUCAGUUCCUGUUAGGUGAUGACUUUUAUAUUUCUAGUGCAGCUUAUCGUGAUGCAAACACGGCUGAUACUCCAUCACGAUUCAUAAUAAGAAUGGCACAUGCUAUUUGGCCGACUGCAGAACUGGCUCAAAGAGUCAUCAGGAAGCAAAGCAACACUGGUGAUAGAAAAUCUCUCACACCUAGAAAAGUAGAGUUGCUAUCAUAUCGUUUCGAGGAGUUUUUGGUAGAUAGGAAUUAUUCCGAAGAAAGAACAGGAUUUGAAUUAGCUAAAAUGAAUAAAUAUUUGGGUGAGUCAAUUACGUCAGCAAAGAAGAAAUUAGGGUUUUCAAAAGGGAAACAAUCAAAUUAA